CUUUUUCUCUUUUCUUUUGUGAUGAGAGAGAUAUGGGUGUUUAAAAUGAAUAAACCGAAAGAGCCGACAUGAGAAGAGAGACGAGGAGCUGACGGGCAGCACUGAGACUGAGACUGAAAGUGAGAUGGAGGUGCGGAUCCCGGUGGAGCCGGAGCUCAGUGAGUCUGAGUCUGAGGAAGGGUCAGGUCUGUCUGAGUCUGAGUUCACCUGUCACUGCUGCUACCAGGUUCUGGUGGACCCCACCACGCUCACCUGUGGACACAGCUUCUGCAGACACUGUCUGGCCAACUGGUGGGCCUCCGCUCUGCCCAGGGUCCGCAGAGACUGCCCAGAAUGCCGAGCGGUGUGGACUGGCUUUCCCAAAGUCAACAUCCUGCUCCGAUACCUGCAUGUCCAAACAGUUAGUAACAGAGUUAAGUUUGGUCCUGGUCACUGGAUGUGGGGAGAAGCUGUUCCCGCUGAAGUGAGACGACGGAAGCAGGCCAUCCUGAGCGAUCCAGGGUUCUGUCGUGUUCUCCAGGUGUUCCAGCAGCAGGGGAACAGACAGCCCCCUCACGCAGCUCCGCCACAGAACCCACCGCCGAUCAACAUCAGAGAGUUUUACUCUGGAGUCGUGACGGCACUGACCUUCAUGACUAUGGUGGUGUUGUUGUACCGUGCAUUCAGUACCGACUCCAGUCACGAGGUGCUGCUCAGUAAACCGCUCAGCAGGUGGAGCACUGAUGAUGUCACUCUGUGGGUGGAGCAUCUGGGCAUCUGGACCAGUCAGUAUAAAGAAACCUUCCUCAGGGAACAGAUCAACGGCAGGUUACUGUUCUCUCUCAGUGAUGACGAUCUGUCUGCGGCUCCGUACAACAUCGAGAAACAGUCUCACAGACAGAUCAUCCUGGAGGAGCUGCACAGACUCAGACAGCGCCGGGUCUCACUCAACCUCUGGCAGUACAAGGAUCUGUAUUUAGGGAAGUCUCUGUUCCUGUUAAUCAGUCUCAGGAACUUCCCUCGUCUGACGCUGCUCUACCUGUUCCUGUUCGAUUAUAACGACACGUUUCUGCCCUUCAUUCACACCAGCUGCCCCGGCGACACCAGACGCUCCCGCGGACACACCAACCGACGCUGCUGUAAAAGGGGGCGGGCACUAACGCACCCUGUGCUGCACCAGGAUUGGCCGGGUUGGCGUCAGUGGGCAGAGUUUCUGCUGCUGUACUUCCUGCUGCCCUAUCAGCUGCUGUCUGCGUUGGCCUGGCACUGGAUGAGCGCUCAUUACUGGACGGCCGGUUUCAUCAUCGCUCACGCCGCGCUACUGACGGUGCUGGACAUGUGUUUCUACUGGACGCUGUGGAAGAGAGGACAGAUGAGGUACACACACACGGUUCAUGCUCCGUGUGAGGUCUUUAACACAUACACUGAGUCUGAGACUGAACCCGUCUGAGUUCUGUGUGUGUGGUGU